UCCCCACGUAAUUUAACUCACUCAUUUGUACACGAUGGAUGCGGAGUACACUUAUACGAAAAAGAGAAUGCAUUUUGGGAAGAGAUGCACGUUCUCCGAUUUGGACAAAGUAGAAGUGGAAAUCAAAUCGAAUCCGUCACUGAUGAACAAUUAUGUUAGAACAGACCCUGUGACACACGCUACGCAAUGCAGUAAAAUCUAUGCGGUUCAUGAAGUGAAUACAACUACUGCGACGUACAAGGAUAACAAAAUGUUUCAUUACGAGGGUGGCUGGCCGAAGGAUAUAAAUAUGAAAGAUUUGGAACAAACGGUCAGAUACAGACGUAAAAUCGAGAAGGAUGAACUGUACAUUCACACGAUGCUUCAGCUGCUACCUUCGAUGGAGCACUGUAUUCUGCAAAACAACGCUUGCAACAUUUACGAGCAAUAUUUCGCCGACGUAGAAGCGAUUCCGCUGAUACAAAGAGCUUUCUCACGUACGGUGAACGUCUAUCGUGAUCCUUUAACGUUGAAACGACAGAUUACUCAUCUGUCAUGGUCACCGGACCAGGGUAAUCGCUUUGCGGCCAGUUAUUGCAACGUAAAUUUCAAAAAAACCUCUAGCAGCAAUUAUACGUCAUACAUCUGGGAAGUAGGAUAUUUCUAUUCCAUAGAAAAUCCAAAUAGUCCUUACGUAACGCUAAAACCCUUUUGCCCAAUCUUGACGUUGGAGUACAAUCCUAAGGACAGCAACAUCUUAGUGGGUGGUCUGAUGACUGGACAGGUGGCAUGUUGGGACAUUAGAAGGGGACCAGAAAUGGUGGACAUCAGCUCGGUCGAGUUUAGUCACAGAGAUCCCUGUGAUAAGACUUUGUGGAUUAAUUCCAAGACCGGUACCGAAUUUUUCAGCGCCUCGAAAGACGGACAGAUAAAAUGGUGGGAUACUAGAAAGAUGCAGGUUCCGAUGGAGACUUUGGUAAUAGACUUGCUGAAGCCGGAGAAUCAGAAUGUGGAUAAAGCUACUGGUAUCUCGGCUCUUCAGUUCGAACCUUCGAUAGGAACGCGUUUUAUGUGUGGCUUGGAAAAUGGUGUUGUAAUAUCAGGAAAUCGCAAAGGCAAGACACCCAGUGAAAAAAUCGCAACUAGAUUUAGAGCUCAGUAUGGGCCGGUUAUAAGUCUAGAGAGGAACCCGACGUUUGUAAAAAACUUUUUAACGAUCGGCGAUUGGACUUCGAGAAUUUGGUCUGAAGACUGCAGAGAAUCUUGCAUAGCAUGGACACCCGGUCAUCGAGAUUUUUUAACGGGUGGUGCAUGGAGCGCUACGCGUUAUUCCGUCUAUUACCUGAUCAAAGUUGACGGCACUUUAGACGUGUGGGAUUUUCUAAUUCAGCAGGACAGCCCGGUUCUCAGUAUAAAGGUCUGCGACGAAAGCUUGACCUGUUUACGACCGCACGAGCAGGGUCAACUGGCUGCAGUGGCUAAUAAAAAGGGCUCGACUUAUCUGCUCGAAUUUUCAGAAGCUUUGACUAUUAAUCAAAAGAACGAUAAAUUGCUAUUAACUGCGCUUUUCGAUCGUGAGACACGCCGCGAAAAAGUGAUAGAAGCGAAAAACAGAGAACAACGAUUGAAAAUGAAAACUUUAAAAAUGCAUGGUGAAUCUGAUUUCACUGAUGUUUCGCUGAAACCGGACGAACAGGAAGAUUCUAAGGAAUCUUCAAGCGGUUUGAGGAACACCCUGAUAGAGCAAUGCGAACAGGAAUAUGAAAAUAUGAUUAAUGCGGAAUUAACGCGACAGGUUGAAGAAAAUACCGUUGAACUGAAUAACAAUGUGAUGCAGAACGGCAUUGGCAGAGAUAAAAGUGUGGGAGGCGCUUCAAGUAUGGCGAUAUUUAUAUCCCUUUUCGCACAAUAUUUCUCACAUAUUCCUCAGUAACAUAUUUCCUUACAACAUAUUUGGCGAAUUUACAUUAGUCAGCUUGUUGCGGUUAACAAGAACAUUGCCUAUAUUUUGUCUGAUUUCCCGUUUGUUGCAGCUUAAUAACAAGAACACUUAUAUGAUGAAUCAUCCUGAGCGUCCGUACCUCUCAAAUAUGCCACACCUCGAUUUCUCAUAUUUGUCUACUUUGCCGCGAUCGAAACAAAGGCAGAUAAUAGGACAGUACUUGUAUCCGUUGAUUUGUAACGUAUACCCAAAUUUUAUGCCUCACAAACUCACCGAUAUCUUAUUGGAUAUCAAUUCCAUCGGCGUAUUGAUCGGAAUGAUACGGAAUCCCGAAAUUUUCAAUGCUAAACUUAAGGAAGCUGUAAACGUACUUGUAACUUAUUACGCUAUGUCCGUGCCUGGAAAUGAAGGAACCUAACGUUCGAUUAUU